AUGUCUGGUCGACAACGUAGUCAUUGUUUUUGUGUGACUAUUAAUCAUGUUGAAUGGAAUAAGUCGUGUCUUGGUGAAUUUUUAACUAGUGGUGAUUUGGUCAAGAGGUUAGCUAUUGGUGAGGAAAAGUAUUCUCCACCAUUAGAUCCGGAUACUGGUAUGGUCGAUGAUUCAGUGGCUGUUGGACGUCAUCACCAUUGUUUUAUUGAUUUUAUCGAUAAGUAUUUUUUGGUGGAGGUACAAGAUAUUAUUAAUAAUUUUCUUGGUGAUGAACUUUAUUCGAUUGAUAUUCAGGUCUGUAAGUCUCCAAAAGCUUGGUUGAUUUAUUUGUCAAAAGAAGAUCGUUCACCGUUUUUAUACAACGUUCGUGUUAGUGAACUGUCGUUAUUUGCUCGUUGUUGGUACCAUCCAAGAACUAAGUAUCGUACGAUUCGUCAUGUCGACAAAGUUGAUGAAUUCAUUUGUUCACUUGGGCAAAAUGCAAGAUUUGCCCUCGGCAUCAUCGAGCAGCACAUUAAGGACCCUCGAUCACAGGAAGCAAAUCGACGAAGGGUAUAUGAACCCAAUAUUAAUUGCAAGAUCACGAGGGAUAUAUUAGGUGUUCUCAAUGAUGGGAUUAAUCAUUUAUAUCUAGUAGGUGCUCCAGGUUGUGGUAAGACCGAAGUCGUGGAUUAUUUUUUAAAGGGAAAAAUGUAUUGGAAGGCUGGAGAACCGAGUGGUUUUCUGUUUGGAACACUUUCCGACAACGUAGAUUCCAUUUGGUUCGAGGAUUUCGAUAUGUGCAAGUACCAAUGGCACUUGAAUACAUUGUUAUCUCUUAUGGAUCAUAAGGAAACUACGAUAUCGAAAAAAUGUUGUGAUGAUAGAACUAUCGUUUCUCCAGCACGACAUAUAUAUAUCUCUAAUUAUGGGAUGCCAAAUGAUUAUCCAAUGUUCAAGAGACGUGUUGUUGUUGUAGAUGUAACACACAAAAUGCAAGACUGUCAAGGCUGUGGUGAUUUUGGUGAUGUUACGGGUGCUCUGCAAGGUUUAACAUCUGAUCAAGCACAAGAAUUAUUUUCCGAUUUCUAA